GGGGGACGCCCCGUCGGCUGCGGGUUUCCUCCUGCAGACCUGCCCUCGCACAUGAAGCCGCUGCCCCCGCCGCAGGCGCCGGCGCCCCCCUCGCGGUGCCCGUGGUGAUGCCAUGCCCCGCCACCACGCGGGAGGAGAGGAGGGCGGUGCCGCCGGGCUCUGGGUGAGGAGCGGCGCGGCGGCAGCGGCGGCGGCGGCGGGUGGGGGGCGCCCGGGCAGCGGCAUGAAGGAUGUGGAGUCCGGCCGCGGCAGGGUGCUGCUGAACUCGGCGGCCGCCAGGGGCGACGGCCUGCUGCUGCUCGGCACCCGCGCGGCGGCGCUCGGCGGAGGCGGCGGCGGCUUGAGAGAGAGCCGCCGGGGCAAGCAGGGGGCCCGGAUGAGCCUGCUGGGGAAGCCGCUCUCCUACACCAGCAGCCAGAGCUGUCGGCGCAACGUCAAGUACCGGAGGGUGCAGAACUAUCUGUACAACGUGCUGGAGAGACCCCGCGGCUGGGCGUUCGUCUACCACGCGUUCGUUUUUCUCCUUGUGUUUGGUUGCUUGAUUUUGUCAGUGUUCUCUACCAUCCCUGAGCACACAAAAUUGGCUUCAAGUUGCCUCUUAAUUCUGGAGUUCGUGAUGAUCGUUGUCUUUGGCUUGGAGUUCAUCAUUCGAAUCUGGUCCGCAGGUUGCUGUUGUCGUUAUAGAGGAUGGCAAGGGAGACUGAGAUUUGCUCGAAAGCCUUUCUGUGUUAUAGAUACCAUUGUUCUCAUCGCUUCAAUAGCAGUUGUCUCUGCAAAAACUCAGGGUAAUAUUUUUGCCACGUCAGCACUCAGAAGUCUCCGGUUCCUACAGAUCCUGCGCAUGGUGCGUAUGGACAGAAGGGGAGGCACCUGGAAGUUGCUGGGCUCCGUGGUUUAUGCUCACAGCAAGGAAUUAAUCACAGCCUGGUACAUUGGAUUUCUGGUUCUUAUUUUUUCAUCUUUCCUUGUCUAUCUCGUGGAGAAAGAUGCCAAUAAAGAGUUUUCUACAUAUGCGGAUGCUCUCUGGUGGGGCACAAUUACACUGACAACCAUUGGCUAUGGAGACAAAACCCCCCUAACUUGGCUGGGAAGAUUGCUCUCUGCGGGCUUCGCACUCCUUGGUAUUUCUUUCUUUGCACUUCCUGCUGGAAUUCUUGGCUCAGGUUUUGCAUUAAAAGUACAGGAACAGCACCGCCAGAAGCAUUUUGAGAAAAGAAGGAAUCCAGCUGCCAACCUCAUCCAGUGUGUCUGGCGUAGUUAUGCAGCUGAUGAGAAAUCUGUUUCCAUUGCAACCUGGAAGCCACAUCUGAAGGCCUUGCACACCUGCAGCCCGACCAAGAAAGAACAAGGGGAGGCAUCAAGCAGUAAGUUCUGUAGUAAUAAGCAGAAGUUCUUCAGAAUGUACACCUCACGGAAGCAGAGCCAGAAGUUGAGCUUUAAGGAGCGAGUGCGCAUGGCUAGCCCAAGGGGCCAGAGCAUUAAGAGCAGACAAGCAUCAGUAGGUGACAGGAGAUCCCCGAGCACUGAUAUCACUGCCGAGGGCAGCCCCACCAAAGUCCAGAAGAGCUGGAGCUUCAACGACCGAACCCGCUUCAGACCCUCACUACGCCUCAAGAGUUCCCAGCCAAAGCCAGUGAUAGACGCUGACACAGCCCUGGGUAUUGAUGAUGUAUAUGAUGAGAAAGGAUGCCAGUGUGACGUGUCUGUGGAGGACCUCACCCCACCACUUAAAACUGUCAUCCGAGCGAUCAGAAUCAUGAAGUUUCAUGUUGCAAAGAGGAAGUUUAAGGAAACAUUACGCCCGUACGACGUAAAAGAUGUCAUUGAACAAUACUCUGCUGGUCAUCUGGACAUGCUAUGUAGAAUUAAAAGCCUUCAAACACGUGUUGAUCAAAUUCUCGGAAAGGGACAAAUCACAUCAGACAAAAAGAGCCGAGAAAAAAUCACAGCAGAACACGAGACAACGGAUGACCUGAGCAUGCUCGGCAGGGUUGUGAAGGUUGAGAAGCAGGUCCAGUCCAUCGAAUCCAAGCUGGACUGCCUGCUGGAUAUCUACCAACAGGUCCUCCGGAAAGGCUCUGCCUCGGCCCUCACUCUGGCAUCCUUCCAGAUCCCGCCUUUUGAAUGUGAACAGACCUCUGAUUAUCAAAGUCCUGUGGAUAGCAAAGACCUGUCUAGCUCCGCGCAAAACAGCGGCUGCUUAACAAGGUCAGCCAGUGCCAACAUCUCAAGAGGCUUGCAGUUCAUCCUAACGCCAAAUGAGUUCAGUGCUCAGACUUUCUAUGCGCUUAGCCCGACUAUGCACAGCCAAGCUACACAGGUGCCAAUGAGUCAAAACGACGGCUCCUCCGUGGUGGCCACCAAUAACAUUGCAAACCAAAUAAGCGCCGCCCCCAAGCCAGCAGCCCCAACAACUUUACAGAUCCCACCUCCUCUCUCAGCCAUCAAGCACCUGUCCAGACCAGAACCUCUGCUCUCAAACCCCACUGGCUUACAAGAGAGUAUUUCUGAUGUCACCACCUGCCUUGUUGCCUCCAAGGAAAACAUUCAGUUUGCGCAGUCAAACCUGACCAAGGACCGUUCCCUGAGGAAAAGUUUCGACAUGGGAGGGGAAACUCUGUUGUCUGUCCGCCCCAUGGUGCCCAAGGACUUGGGCAAGUCUCUGUCUGUACAAAACCUGAUCAGAUCGACAGAAGAACUGAACUUACAGUUUUCAGGCAGCGAGUCAAGUGGCUCUCGAGGCAGCCAAGAUUUUUAUCCCAAGUGGAGAGAAUCCAAAUUGUUUAUAACUGAUGAGGAGGUCGGUGCCGAGGAGACAGAAACAGAUACUUUUGAUGGCACCCCACCGCCUGUGGGGGAAGCUGCUUUCUCAUCAGACUCUCUAAGGACUGGAAGGUCACGGUCAUCUCAGAACAUUUGUAAAACAGGAGACAGUACAGAUGCCCUCAGUUUGCCUCAUGUCAAACUGAACUAAGUUCUUUGUUUCCUUUCUAAGCAUAGCUGUUCUUUUCGCCAUACAUAUCACUGCAUGAACUACUCUGGAAGCCCUUCUAAAGAGUUGAAAUCGCGCAAGAGUCAGGAAGAACACGAAAGGCCAUUUAUAAGCCCGUUAUCUUUUAAUUGCAUGAAAAUGCAUGUUUAGGGGUGGCAGAAAUUCCAAGGUACAUCGACAUUAACCCAUGCAUUUAAUAACGUACCUUGAGUCUAAAAUCCCGAGCCAACAGUCGCUGCUGAUACUAUGGGAUGUGUGAAGAUGCCGGGAUAUUAGUUCAAUUGCAAGAGUUGAUGCUGUAUUUUGAAAUUGUGAGAGUAAACACCUUCAAAUUUCAGGCAUUUCUGCUUUAUUACUAGAUACAAAGUACAUUUUCAAAAUUAGGCCAUAAUGUAUGUUUAGACACAAUGGCUAUUAACAGCUGCUAAUAACACAAGUAAAGCAGAAUUUGGAAUAUAACCGAAAUGGCUGCUUAUUUCAAGAUACCUUUGCCAACCCAUUCCUCCUAAGUCAUUUCAUCAAUGUAAUUUGAAUGUUAAUCUGUGUGCUUCUGGUGACUUAGCGCUGUGGCAAGCAAUUUUGCACAUUGUUUUCGUGUUGUCUUUUAUGCUGAGAAUGUUUUCCAAUUAGAAUAUGGCCAGAUAAUAUUAUUGAGGGCCAGUGGGGGAGGAGACCCCUCUUCCUUUGGCAUCUUCCACUUCAUGACAACAUGGUCUCCAAUGGAGGAGUCAGCUCUGUAAAUGGUCAACCUCUUUACAAGCAUAUGAAAUACUAGUGGAUUUAACAGCCUGUGCAACUGGGAUGGUCUCUCUGUGAAGAUACAACCACAGGUUUGCCCAUCUUGUCCGCUCAAAUGGCCAGGGUGACUAGCAAUUCCCAUUUAGCGGACAUACAGGUAUAGGGCCUGGGGAAGGGACUACCUACUUGAGGUUGGGGGAAAACAACUUGGAAAGACUCCACAGUUAUCACAAGUGGGUGACAUUAAAGGAAGUGCCUCCCCACCCCAGAUGGGCAAGGACUGGAGAGGAGGCCAAAUCAAAUAACUAGGUUUUCUCUUAGAAAAGUAAAUAUUGCUAGGAAAUCCAACUACCUAAACAUCCCUUAUUCUUGUAUAACAGAGACUUUUGCAAGCCAUUUAUUUUUAAUAUGCCCUGAGUGUCUUUUGCUAUUACGUAGCACAUUUUGCAUAUGAAAGGCUAAAAUGAAACUUCCUUUACUUUUAUACUGUAGUGGACAUUUUUCUAUUCUUCCCAACAAUAUUAUCCCAAACGUGAAACUGUCGGCUCAGUUUCCAGGUUAUGAACAUUUAUAACUGCAAACCAGAUAGCACUGGAUGGGCCUGCAGAUCAAAACUCCUCCGUCAUAUAUUAUGAUGGAAAAGAAACAAAUUUAAAAAAAAAUAUUUAUUAAAAAUGUUAUUUCCCAAAAGGCAAGCAAUACUGGCUGCUUGUUAGAA